GCUUACUGAUCUCUCACUCUACUCUCUCCCUACCUUCUCCCUCCCUCUUCUUUUCCCUUCCUCUCUCUAAAAACAAUAGCAGGGGAGGAAAAAUCCCAAAAAAAUGCGAUUCCUUCACAUUAUUCUCCUCCUCCUAUUAAACCUCCACGUCCACAGUUCACUCGCCGCUAAACCACCAUUCGUACCGGAAUACCGCGCUCUGCUCUCCCUGAAAGCCGCCAUCACAGGCGACGAACAAUCGUCUCUCUCGUCGUGGAAUAUUUCAACCAGUCACUGCACGUGGGCAGGCGUCACGUGCGACGCCCGACGUCACGUGACAGCCCUCAACCUCUCCGGGCUCAAUCUCUACGGCGUCCUCGCCUCCGACGUGGGUCACCUCCGCUACCUCCUGAACCUCACCCUCGCCGCCAAUCAGUUCUCCGGCCCUAUCCCGCCGGAGAUCUCUUUCAUCUCCGGCCUUCGAUAUCUCAACCUCUCCAACAAUGUCUUCAAUGAGACGUUUCCGAGUCAACUCGCUCGACUCAAAAACCUCCAAGUGCUCGACCUCUACAACAACAAUAUGACCGGAGACCUCCCCGUGUCGAUAUCCGAAAUGUCGGGUCUCCGGCAUCUUCACCUCGGCGGCAACUACUUCACGGGAAGCAUCCCGCCGGAGUACGGACGAUUCCCGGUGCUGGAAUAUCUAGCAAUCUCCGGCAAUGAACUUGGCGGCGUGAUUCCUCCGGAAAUCGGCAACUUAUCGACGCUUCAACAGCUGUAUAUUGGCUACUACAACGCCUUUACCGGAAGCCUACCGUCGGCUAUCGGAAACUUGUCUCGACUCGUUCGAUUUGACGCCGCGAACUGUGGAUUGUCCGGUGAGAUUCCCCCGGAAAUCGGGCAGCUUCAAAACUUGGAUACACUAUUUCUACAGGUGAAUGGACUGUCAGGACAGUUGACGACUGAGCUUGGCCAAUUGAAGAGCUUGAAAUCUAUGGAUCUGUCUAACAACGUCUUCUCCGGCGAAAUACCGGCGUCAUUCGCCGAUCUGAAGAACUUGACCCUUCUCAAUCUGUUCCGAAACAAGCUUCACGGUUCGAUACCCGAGUUUAUUGGAGAUCUGCCGGAGCUGGAGGUGUUACAGCUUUGGGAAAACAACUUCACCGGAAGUAUACCCCAAGGUUUGGGGACGAACGGGAAGCUUCAGCUUCUCGACCUUUCGUCGAACAAAUUGACCGGAACUUUGCCGCCAUUCAUGUGCUCUGGUAAUCAUCUCCAAAUCUUAAUCACUCUCACCAAUUUCUUGUUCGGUCCGAUUCCGGAAUCGCUUGGCCGGUGCGAGUCACUGACUCGGAUUCGAAUGGGAGAGAACUAUCUCAAUGGGUCGAUUCCAAAGGGUCUGUUUAGCUUGCCUAAACUCGUUCAAGUUGAGCUUCAAGACAAUCUUCUCUCUGGAGGGUUUCCAGAAACAGAUUCAAUAGCUGUCAAUCUCGGGCAGAUUAGUCUCUCCAACAAUCAGCUAACCGGCUCGUUGCCGCCCAGCAUCGGAAACUUUUCAGGUGUUCAGAAGCUACUCCUCGACGGAAACAAGUUCACCGGCCGCAUUCCGCCCCAAAUUGGGCAUUUGCAGCAGCUUUCAAAGAUAGAUUUUAGUCACAACGGCUUCUCUGGUGAGAUCACGCCGGAGAUGAGCCAAUGCAAGCUGCUGACAUUCGUUGAUCUUAGUCGUAAUCAGCUCUCGGGUGAAAUCCCGACUGAAAUCACAGGUAUGAGGAUCCUGAAUUACUUGAAUUUGUCACGAAAUCACUUGGUUGGAAGCAUUCCAUCAUCCAUAGCUGUUAUGCAAAGCUUGACAUCAGUUGAUUUUUCGUAUAACAAUCUAUCUGGAUUAGUUCCUGGCACUGGUCAAUUUAGUUACUUCAAUUACACUUCAUUUCUUGGCAACCCUGAUCUUUGUGGUCCUUAUUUGGGACCUUGCAAAGAUGGGUAUGCCAAUGGCACUCACCAACCUCAUGUUAAAGGGGGACUCUCGGCCUCAUGGAAGCUUUUACUUGUCAUUGGAUUGCUUGUGUGCUCAAUUGUGUUUGCUGUCCUCGCCAUCCUUAAGGCCCGGAAGUUCAAGAAGGCGAGUGAGUCUCGAGCAUGGAAGCUAACAGCUUUCCAACGCUUGGAUUUCACUUGUGAUGAUGUCUUGGAUUGCCUGAAGGAGGACAACAUUAUUGGGAAAGGUGGUGCUGGCAUUGUUUACAAGGGGGUAAUGCCCAAUGGCGAUCAGGUUGCCGUGAAAAGGCUUCCGGCGAUGAGCCGGGGGUCCUCUCACGACCACGGGUUCAAUGCAGAGAUACAGACUCUUGGGAGGAUUCGACACCGGCACAUUGUUAGAUUACUAGGGUUUUGCUCAAACCAUGAGACAAAUCUUUUGGUUUAUGAGUACAUGCCAAAUGGGAGCUUAGGUGAAGUGCUUCAUGGCAAGAAAGGGGGCCAUUUGUAUUGGGAUACAAGGUAUAAGAUUGCUGUGGAAUCUGCAAAGGGACUUUGCUAUCUUCACCACGAUUGUUCACCGUUGAUUCUCCAUCGAGAUGUGAAGUCUAACAACAUCCUUCUUGAUUCCAACUUUGAGGCUCAUGUCGCGGAUUUCGGUCUUGCCAAGUUUUUGCAGGAUUCUGGCACCUCGGAGUGCAUGUCUGCUAUUGCUGGUUCUUAUGGAUACAUAGCCCCAGAGUAUGCUUACACUCUCAAGGUUGACGAGAAGAGCGAUGUGUAUAGCUUUGGUGUAGUUCUCUUAGAGCUGGUAAGCGGCCGAAAACCAGUAGGGGAGUUUGGUGAUGGUGUAGACAUAGUCCAAUGGGUCCGAAAGAUGACCGAUGGGAACAAGGAAGGGGUGCUAAAGGUACUUGACCCUAGACUCUCGACGGUUCCCCUCCAUGAGGUGAUGCACGUAUUCUACGUUGCAAUGCUCUGCGUCGAAGAACAGGCUGUUGAGCGUCCGACAAUGCGGGAAGUCAUCCAAAUGCUAACAGAGCUUCCAAAGCCACCCGCCAACACAAAACAGGGGGGAGACUCAACAGCCACAGAAUCCUCCCCGGCACCAUCCACUGCCUCGGAGUCUCCCAGCACGGCAACUAAAGAUGCAAAUGAACACCAUCAAUCACCGCCACCACCACUGCCUCAAUCACCGCCACCCGAUCUCCUCAGCAUUUGAAAUGUUGUUCUAUUGGGAUGGGGGGAAGGAUGUGUUUAAAUUUCCAUGUAUUUUGGUUAGCUUUGUUCUCUGUGUGUGUUCCUUGUUUGUAAUUUUCCUUUUGGGGGUUUUGGGGGGGUGGUUUACUCUAACUUAAAAGGUGUUAACCUUUGAAUGUUUCUUUUUAGUGUACAGUAGGAUUGGUGGGGUUUCUUUUUCCUCUAUAUGAAUUUGUCUUCAUGAAAUGUUGUUGCUGCCCCAAUGUUUAUGGCACUACUGUUACUGCUCCAGACCUGCAAGUGAAACUAGGAGUAAAUAUUCAAGAGAGUUUGGUGUUCUCA